AUGCCGAAUAAGCUCCGGAGGCUGACCGUCCAGCUACAAGAUAGUAAUUUUUUGAAACGGCUCUUGGAGUCUCCUCAUGCCUGGGAAGAGUUCCUGCAGCAAAAUAAUAGCAUACUGAGCCAACCCUCCGAACCCAAAUUCCCCUGGCUAACGCAGUUGUCACUUCAAGGAGUUGAUGAUGUUUUCUUUGAGGGUGUUCGACGUAUAGACCACAUCUUUGCUCUUGGACAACUAGAGGAACUGAAGUUCACCUUUGGGGGGGAAUUUUCCUCUACCCUAAAACAGAUGACUGGAAAAUGUCUCCGACUCAAAGUCUUUUACUUAUGGGGGCACACAAGCGAAACUACUUUAUCCGAAUUUCUUGUGUCUCUCCCUCCAUUGAAAGAGCUGGCCCUCAACAUUCUAGAGAAUGGGGUUGAUAACCCAGAUAUCUUGAGGCUCGACAUUCACAGCAAGUCCUUAACCAAGUUAUAUUUGAGGUUCGAAAACAAUGGUGAUCAGUCAUCAGGGUCUUGUUUCCUUCGCCUCUUGCAGCGGGGUUGCUCUUUUCCCCAGUUGACAGAAUUUGCAUUUUCAAUGCCCGUUGAAGAAUUCGCCGCUCUUCGAAACCAAGAUUCUCACCUUCCGCGGUUGGAGCUAUUAUGGCUCCUCCAACCGAAUAAUCACUGGGCACGAGAACUAUUCAAGUUGGAUAGCAUGACUUCUAUGCUCCGUCCACUCUUCAGAGAUGACAAAGCCCGUCCGAAGUGGCGAUUCUUCGCAAUUGGACAACGCCCACAAAAUAAACACCGGCUUAUCAUCUACGAAUUCUGCGAGUCAUUGACGGUCGAGGAAAAGAUUUGUACGGGCUUGGGAUGCGUUGCCCACGGAAAAGUGUUCGAACAUAGCCCAAAUUUGACAUUACUCAAUUGUUUCGGGAUUUGGCUACCCUGGGAAGAGGAGCGUAACUUUGUCCACGUAUAUGAUUAA